AUGGGGAAGAAGAUGAAACUACCAUUUCUUUACAAGAACGAAGAACCAAUUAUUCAUCAACAGCCUUCAUGCAUGCAACCAAAUAGUCUCACUUUCCAAGAAGGAAAGGAGAUUUACGUCGGGGAUCAUUCAACCGAGGCGAUGAUCAUACACGGGUUGAAGUCAAAGAGGUUGUUCUACGAUCCGGAUGGAAGUAGAUCACUUCUUUGUACUAGAGAAUCAAUUAGAUCGGAUCAUGAUCAGGGAUUUCCUUUUGAAAAGAUCAGCGUAGCUUUGGAGAUGGAUUCAGACGAUCCUUAUGGAGAUUUCAGGAAAUCGAUGGAGGAGAUGGUUGAAAUAAUUGGAUUGAGAGAUUGGGAGAGUAUGGAGGAGUUGUUGGGAUGGUAUUUGAGGAUGAAUGGGAAGAUGAACCAUGGUUUUAUUGUUGGAGCUUUCGCCGAUCUUCUUGUUGGGGUGUCUCCGCCGCCAUGUUCUGAUUCUGCUACCUCUUAUUCUUCUUUGUUUUCAUCUUCGUCUUCUUCGUUUUCAUCGUCUCCUCCCCCGUUUCCCAUUGUGAGAUUGAGGAGAAAGAGAGAUUUGAGGAAGAAAACCAAAAAAUAA